CCGGCCACUUAGCCCGCUCUUCUGGCCCCGCCCCACGCCAGCGGGGUCCGCCUCGCGCUACGCGUAGGAAGGCGGGGCCUAGGGGCAAGACGCCGGAGCUAGUCCCGGUCCCGCAGACUACUCUCCCCCAUGGCGGACUGUACUGGGCCGGGUUCUGCCGGCCGCAAGGCCGGGGCUCCUCGCCGCUCUCGAAAAGCCGCAGGUACUAAACAGACAACUACUUUGAAACAAGAAGAUGCUUCUAAAAGGAAAGCAGAACUAGAAGCAGCUGUGAGAAAGAAGAUUGAAUUUGAAAGAAAAGCUCUACAUAUUGUUGAACAGCUUUUAGAAGAGAAUAUUACAGAAGAGUUCCUAAUGGAGUGUGGGAAGUUCAUUACACCUGCUCACUACAGCGAUGUCGUGGAUGAACGUUCUAUUGUCAAACUCUGUGGUUAUCCUUUAUGUCAGAAGAAGCUGGGAAUUGUACCAAAACAGAAAUAUAAAAUUUCUACCAAGACCAAUAAAGUCUAUGAUAUUACUGAAAGAAAGUCUUUUUGCAGCAAUUUUUGUUAUCAAGCAUCUAAGUUUUUUGAAGCACAAAUUCCCAAAACUCCAGUAUGGGUUCGAGAAGAAGAGAGGCAUCCCGAUUUUCAACUGCUAAAGGAAGAACAGAGUGGCCAUUCUGGAGAAGAAGUACAGUUAUGCAGUAGAGCCAUUAAAACAUCAGAUAUCGACAAUCCUAGCCACUUUGAAAAGCAAUAUGAAUCUUGUUCUUCUAGCACUCACAGUGAUAGUAGCAGUGACAAUGAGCAAAACUUUGUUUCCUCUAUUCUACCAGGAAACAGACCAAAUUCAACAAGUAUUAGACCACAGCUGCACCAAAAAAUCAUAAUGAAAAAGAAAGCUGGUCACAAAGCUGACUCCAAACACAAAGACAAAGAACAGACAGUAGUAGAUGUCACUGAGCAGUUAGGCAAUUGCAAAUUAGAUAGUCAGGACAAAGAUGCUACAUGUGAACUUCCUUUACAGAAAGUAAAUACUCAGAGUUCUUCAAGUAGCACUUUGCCUGAAAGAUUAAAAGCUUCAGAAAAUUCUGAAAGUGAAUACAGUAGGUCAGAAAUAACUCUAGUAGGCAUAAGUAAGAAAAGUGCAGAGCAUUUUAAGAGAAAAUUUGCCAAAUCAAACCAAGUGUCUAGGUCAGUCUCUAGUUCAGUGCAGGUGUGUCCUGAAGUUGGAAAGAGGAACUUACUUAAAGUUUUGAAGGAGACUUUGAUUGAGUGGAAGACAGAAGAAACUUUGAGGUUUUUGUAUGGCCAGAAUUAUGCUUCUGUGUGUCUGAAACCUGAAGCCUGUCUGGUUAAAGAAGAACUUGAUGAAGAUGACAUAAUCCCAGAUCCAGAUAGUCAUUCCCCUGCCUGGAGGGAAUCUCAGAACAGCUUGGAUGAGUCUUUACCUUUUAGGGGCUCAGAUACAGCCAUUAAACCACUGCCGAGUUACGAGAAUUUGAAAAAAGAAACUGAAAAGUUAAAUCUGAGGAUCAGGGAGUUUUAUAGAGGACGAUAUGUUUUGGAUGAAGAAACCACCAAAUCACAAGACUCAGAAGAGCAUGAUUCCACCUUUCCACUGAUAGACUCAAGUUCCCAGAACCAGAUUAGAAAACGCAUCGUACUUGAAAAGUUGAGUAAAGUAUUGCCUGGGCUUCUGGGUCCUCUUCAGAUUACAUUGGGAGAUAUUUACACACAACUUAAAAAUCUUGUUCGAACUUUCAGGUUAACAAAUAGAAAUAUUAUACACAAACCUGCGGAAUGGACUUUAAUUGCUAUGGUGUUGCUGUCAUUACUGACCCCAAUUCUUGGCAUUCAGAAACAUUCUCAGGAAGGUAUCGUGUUUACACGGUUUCUAGACACCCUGCUUGAAGAAUUACAUCUAAAGAAUGAAGACCUUGAAAGUUUAACCAUCAUAUUUAGAACCAGCUGUUUACCUGAGUGAUAUAUUCCAUGAAGACAAAAUAGAAGAUGAACUUCUAUUCACCGUUUCUGGAAUUCUAGCCACCAUUAUGGUCUGGUGGUGACUGAUAACUAGCUUUAUUCCAAGACAGACCUUUACCUCUUUAAGUUUCAGCCUCCCAUCUUCCAGUCCCUCAGUCUCCAACUGCAGACGAUGACCUCCCCAGAUAGAGGAGAAUCAUUACUCCAACAAGGAUAACCAAAUCUUUGCAUCCCUAGCUACAAGGCAUAGUAUUUUUAUUUGAAAAUGAAUGUUUAAGUAUUAAAUUGAAACUUGAAUGAAUAUUCAAGAAAAUAUAAUGAU